AUGAAGAACGAGGCUCCGCAAUUAAAGAAUGAGGGCAUUGAUCUGCUGAAGGAGGAGAAGGAGGUGAAGAAGGAGGCCCAACAUAUUCUCACUCACGUACUUGCCAAUGCUGGCUACGGUAGCAUCUCCAGAGAGCUGGGGGGCAUCCUGGCCAGGGAAGGCUUUUUCAUCCGCAACACCAAGGCUUACAGCAACGAUGCCCCAUCCUCGCUCAGGUCUCCUGCAAAGACUCCCAGCCCCUCCAAGGCUUCUGCAGAAAGCCCUUCAAAGCGAAAGCGUGUGGCCAAGAAAGGGGACGCAGACGAGUAG